AUGAUUCCAGUACACAUUGAAAGAGUUUGUAAGGCCAAGUAUCUGGGCUUCAAGAACCUGACAUAUGCUUUGAAGGAAACUGAUCAAAGAGAGUGGUUUCUGCUGCACGAGGCUGCAGUUCGGCCACUUCCACAAGUAUUUGAAGUCACUUUAGAUGCAUCUUAUGAAUCAAUGUGGCAAUAAAAAACAUGCAAUGAAACAGCACUAACUCUGGCAGCAAAAACUGGCUUUGUGGAAAAUGUGCAAAUGAUCCUAAAAGGGUGUUUAUCCCAAAACCAUAAGUUACAAGGAGAAACUUAUUGGUCAACAAUGCAAGAAGCUGCAAAACAGAGAUACGAAGACAUUGUUGAUGUUCUGAAGAAUGAUAGAAAUGUUAACAUUAAGGACAAAUAUUGAGUAACACCACUGGGGGUUAUGUCUGAAUGUGGUCUCUGUGAUGUGCUGGAGCAUCUUAAUCAUAAGGUUGGAUAUGUCAAGGCCUUAGCAGAUGAUCCUGUACCAGUAUUGUUUCAAGCAGCUGGAGGACACUGUCUAGGCUGCAUAGCUCUGCUUUUGGAAUAUGGAGGAAGUGGCAAUGCUGGUGAGUCAGGACUGCUUCCCAUACACAAAGAGGCUUAUGAGGGGCAUCAGUUGGGUAGGAAGUAUCUCAUUAUAGCCACGUCCCAAAUUUUAAUCCAGGAAAGUGGGUCAAGCACUGUUCAUUCUGCUGUGGACAGCCAGAACCAGUGUCUAGAGCUUGUCAUUGAAAAUGGUUUGGAUGUCAACACUCUCUUGUCUAAACACAUAACUUCCAAUACUUAUGAUGACAAAAGACAGCCUGCACUUUGUUGUGCUGUUUGUAAUAAUGGAAUUCUUUGUACCAAAAUAUUGCUCAAAGCAGGAGCAAAUCCAAACAAGGAUCCUUUAAACUGUGUUCUCAUAGCAUUGAGAGCUGACAGGCAUGGAAUUCUAAAGCUACUCCUGUCUUAUGGAGCAGAUGUCAACUUAAUUUUGUUGCUUAAUGAUACGCAUUUCCCCAGUGCAUGGUAUUCUUUGAAUGGUGACAUGAUGCUGAGGCUGUUGCUCAGGCAUGGAUAUAAUGUGGAGAUGUGUUUGGACUUUAUGUGUCAGGGUAUCUUUGGAAAUUCUUUUGUGUGACCAGCUUCAGAGCUUGAACUUAUUCCCAGUUGGACUACUUCUUCAAUAAAUAAUAAACUAAUAAAUACAUACCUUCUUUGCUUCUCUUCAUUUUGUUCUUUUCAUUAG